GGGCCGGGCUGGUUGGCUGGUUUGGCUGCCGGCUGGAUGAGUGUCGUGAACAGUCACCGUGUUUGGCUCCGGUCUCCCGCAACCCGAUAAUAACUGGAUGGAGGACGCGAUCGGAGCUCAUGGUCCUUUCGAGCUGUUGCGGUGGAGUGAGUCCGCGAGAGACGAAGUGAGGAAGUCCCAAACAACCAACCAAUAAACAACGCAGGAUGUAACAACCCACAGACCAGAAUGUCAAGAGGAACAAAAGACACUUCUUAUUAUUAUUCGCUUCUUUCGUGGCCGGGUCUCAGCGGACUGAACUAACUAGCUGCUAAACCGGCUAACGCUAGCAGACGUAACGCUAGCUAACCUACAUAACGGCUACAAUCAUCCUCGCCGGCCUGUCUGCUGAGUGGAUCAUAUUGACAUUUAAGUCACCAUGGCGGCGGUGGUGAGCUACUCUCCACCGUGGUGGGUGAACCUGCUGCACAGACUCCCCCAUUUCAACUUCAAGUUCGAGCAAACGAGCAGCGACUUCCGACCAGAGGACUGGACAUAUCAACAGUCCAUCCUCUUGCUGGGAGGUGUGGCGCUUGCCUGUCUGGCCCUGGACCUCCUGUUCCUGCUCUUCUAUUCCAUUUGCCUGUGCUGCCGGCGGAAAAAAAGCGACGAGCAGCCCAACGCCGACUGUUGCUGCACUGCCUGGUGUGUCAUUAUUGCGACACUCGUUUGUAGCGCUGGCAUUGCCGUCGGUUUCUAUGGGAACGGCGAGACUUGCGACGGAGUGAACCGGCUGACGUAUUCCCUCCGCCAUGCCAACCGCACAAUCACUGGAGUGCAGAAGCUGGUGUAUGACAGUACGUCCUCACUGAACCAGACAGUCGACGAGGAUCUGCAACAGCUUGAGGGCCAGUACGCUCAGCAUGCGGACUACCUGUCCAUCAUCCAAAAGCUGCAGGGCCAGCUGGACGAGCUGGUCAGGCAGAUGGUGGAGAUUCCCUUCUGGGACAACACCAACAUCUCCCUGGAAGAGCUGGCUGCCAACAUCGAGCUAUAUGACUGGUACAGGUGGAUCGGCUACAUAGCCCUGCUUCUGUUUGACGUCCUCAUUUGCCUGCUGGUGCUGUUCGGCCUCAUUCGCAACUCCAAGGGAACACUGGUGGGGGUGUGCUUGUUUGGUGUCGUAGCUCUGGUGAUCAGCUGGGUCUCCCUGGGGCUGGAGCUGGCCGUCUCCGCGACCUCCAGCGACUUCUGUGUUUCUCCCGAUACGUACGUUACCAAAGUGACCAGCCAGUAUAGAGUCAUCAAUCAAGAAAUCCUGCAGUACUACGUGAGCUGCAGCGUGGGACAAACAAACCCCUUCCAGCAGAGACUUUCCGGGAGCCACAAAGCAUUAGUGGAGAUGCAGGAUGACGUGUCUGAGUUGCUGCGCUCUGCCACCAGAGAGUACAAGCAAACCAAGGAAACGUUGGAAGAGGUGCAGGGGAUACUGAACACCACAGAGAUCAGCCUGCAUCAGCUCACCGCGCUGGUGGAUUGUCGCAGCCUGCACAUGGACUACGUCCAGGCCGUGACGGGCCUGUGUUACGACGGACUGGAAGGCGUCAUCUACCUCGUUCUCUUCUCCUUCGUCACCGCCCUCAUGUUCAGCUCGAUCGUCUGCAGCGUGCCUCACACCUGGCGCGGCAAGCGGGGCGAGGAGGACAGCGAGGACGAGUCCGUAAGCCACGGCGGGAGGCAGAACCACGACAACCUGUACCGGGUGCACAUGCCGAGCCUGUACAGCUGUGGCAGCAGCUACGGUAGCGAGACGUCCAUCCCCGCUGCAGCCCACACCGUCAGCAACGCCCCCGUCACCGAGUACAUGGCUCAGAACGCCAACUUCCAGAACUCUCGCUGUGAAAAUACUCCUCUGAUUGGAAGAGAGUCUCCUCCUCCUUCAUUGUAUUUGACUGCCGCGGACAGUAACAGCGGUCACUGCUGGCAGUUAAAGCCCUCGGAGAGUUCAAGAUCGUUUUGGUAACCUCAUCUGCUAUGCUAACAGUACACCUCCAGCAUGCGAGCAAAGUACCUGGCCAACAGCCGACCAGAUCCCACCAACCCUCCGGCGCAUUAAACCCCCCCCCGCACUCCUCCAGUCUGCAGCACUGAUGUCUCUGAAGUCACUCAUCCAGUCGUCACUCCUUUUUGUUUUUGUUUUUUCCUUCUUCUUCUUCUUCUCUCCACUGUCUCGCUUGACUCAAAAUGCAAAGAAAAGACCAAAUUUGUCCGAAGCAAAACUCAAGGACGUCGCAUCAUCUCUCAUUCAUCUUGUGAGCCGCAAGUGCAGGUACUUCUACGUUUUCCACGCUCCGCGGCUGACGUUCAUCAUUGGUGCUGGGAAUAACUGCGGCUCUGACGCGAUGGAGUCCGGACCGAUUUUAAACUCUGAUCUCUUUUAUUUUCUUCACACGUGAGUUGAGAACUCUGGAAAUGUUCACAGACUAACGCGGAUUACUACUGGUUGUUUUAUUAAGUACUGUAGUAUCGCACUCAUCGUCACUGAGAGAAAAGCCUCACGGGAGUUUUCUCCUCAGCUGGAGCCUAGACAUAAUUUCUCACAUUAUCAACAUGUAUCAAACCGUACUGUGUCGUAGCGUAGGUUAACUUUACAGUUCAAUAUCUCAGUGUUGACUUACUGGUUAUGAUACGAGCCCAACACACGGGGAGCACUCUGACCUGGCUGUUUAUUUUUUGUCUUAAAUCUAAUGUCUGGGACCAGUUUUCCUGCCGUAUUGCACGUCUUACAGUCGCCUGAACCGGGAGCCGUUCUUCUCCUCGGGGCGCUGUUAUUUCCUGUGGCAUUUUUAAAAAGAAAAAUGUAAAAAAAUAGUGUGAUGAACCUCUUUUCCACAGCUGGGACUGAAACUUGUGAAGCUGCGAUUCUGGCAAAUGAUUUAAAAGAUGAGCAGUAAUGGGAUGUUUUUACAUUACAACUGGUGAGUUUGACAACAGAGAGAAUUUGUUUUAUAUAUAUAUAUAUAUACUACUGGAAGCAGAAACUUAUUUUUACAGACGAUGGUGAAGCAGAGGACAACUGUGGACUGUGUGACUUUUCCCUGACUUCACCUAACUGCUUGUUAUGCUCUCCGUGUUCCUGCGAAGUGAAAACUCUCCUCCCUUAACAGAGCCGGGGUUUGUCCUCGUACACGCUUGAAGGCUCUGAGCCUCUCCACAAAAUGCGGGAGUUCAGAAGACGCCCUCUCACUUUUAAUCCAAAUUUAUGUGAAAAAAAAAAAAAAAUGCAUAUUCCAAGAGAAUUUUCCACGGGAAACGUGGAACGCAUCGGUAAUGCCGUGUCUCACAAAUGUGUUUUAGCAUUUAUAACAAAGCGUAGAACAGGGUGGGCGGAUGCUGUGAAGGGAUUGUGACAAAUCUGCUCUGUGUGUAACCUGGAAUUCCCCUGCAAGGAUCUACUUUUCCUGUGUAAGCAUGACCAAUGUGGAUUGAGACGUCGUUCCGCUUCUCUUAGAUGUGCUUUGUGACCAGUACAAGAGGUGAUGUUGCGGCUGUGCCAACAAGUUAAGCACAACUCUUUUACUAUGUCAAUAUCUUUGUAAAUGUCUUUACCUUAGGCCUGUUUUGUAUCGCUGACAGCUCCCGGUCGCCCGGGUAACCAGGUGAGAAAACGAGCCGGAUUUUUUCAAAAGCAUUUAUGCUCUGUUCAUUAUUACACUGAUGCGGUCUUUCUGUUUUUUUUUUUUUUUUUGGGUGGUAGUCGUUAUUCUCUCUGUCGUUUGUAAUGCAAAGCUGUUGUACAGAUUACAUACAAUUUCAAAAUUCAGAAAAAAAAAUCGCUUAAAUUCAAUUUUUCCCUUUUCUUCAGAGUUCACUUUUUGAAGCGACUUUUUUUUUAUUUGCUUGUAGAUCUUUUGUAUUUGAUUUUAGAGUCGUAGCGAGCACGGUGUGCUGCUUCAUUAAUGUGAAUACAGUAAAUAGAUUUAAAAAAAAAGAUUAACUGAUGGGGAAAAAAUCACUGUAGUUGUAAUCCGUCUUCCUUUCUUACUUUCUUUUUAUUUUAAUUAUUGUUUUAUACAUUAUUUCUGCAAUCUCUAAAAUGUGUACACGUAAAAGCUGUGGUUAUAUUGAGCUUGAAUGCUGUGUUUUAAAAUUAAAGAAACCUUAACAGGA